GGAUGGAGGGUGCUGUCCUGGUGCUGCUGUGGGGCUGCAGCCCUGCAGUUCUGACAGCACUUUUUCUCCCCUCAGUUCUGUCCCACCAAGGCCGAAGCGCGGAGGAGCGCCGCUAAGAUCGCGCUGAUGAACUCCGUGUUUAACGAGCAUCCCUCACGGAGGAUCACGGACGAGUUCAUCGAGAAGAGCGUUUCGGAAGCCCUGGCGUCCUUUAACGGCAACCGGGAGGAGGCUGAUAACCCCAACACCGGCAUCGGCGCCUUCCGCUUCAUGCUGGAGUCCAACAAGGGGAAAUCCAUGCUGGAGUUCCAGGAGCUGAUGACGGUGUUCCAACUGCUGCACUGGAACGGCAGCCUGAAGGCCAUGCGGGAGCGGCAGUGCUCACGGCAGGUGAGUCAGCAUCACAGAGCCAUCGAGUGGCAGGGGGGGAAAAGGACCACAAAGUUCAUCAGUUCCAACCCCCUGCUGUGUGCAGGGUCGCCAGUCAGCAGACCAGGCUGCCCAGAGAACCCAUGG